AUUCAAAAUUCCCUUCGCACUUUAGGGCUUGGGUCUGUCCUAGAACCAUCAAUCGCUUGCAGGCAAAGAUCACGAACCCCACACCUUAUCGCCCCACCAAAGAAUCCACGAAUCCACCCUUUUCCACGAACCCUCAAAUCAGCAAACAUGCGCCCGAUAUUAUUGCAAGGACAUGAGCGUAGUUUGACGCAGAUCAAAUACAACAAAGAUGGUGACCUUCUGUUCUCUACUGCGAAGGACCACAUAGUGUGCGCUUGGUACUCUGCAAACGGCGAGCGUCUCGGAACAUACAAGGGCCACCAGGGAGCGCUGUGGACCGUUGAUGUCGAUGCCACGACCACCCUCCUCGCCACCGGAGCGGCCGACAACACAAUUAAGCUGUGGGAGGUACGGACCGGACAGUGCUUGAAGACGUGGGACUUUCCGACGGCCGUCAAGCGUGUUGAGUUUUCGGAUGACGGCACACUGCUGCUGGCUGUAACGGAGAUGCGCAUGGGACAUCUGGGCACCGUUGUUGUGUUCCCGAUCACGGUGGAUGUCGAGGCUGAGCAGGCGGACGAGCCCCUCUUCACCAUUACAUUCCAUGACAGCAAGGCUACUGUUGCCGCCUGGAGUUAUCUCAACAAAUUCAUCAUCACCGGCCACGAGGACGGAACCGUGAGCCAGUACGAUGGAAAGACGGGAGAGCUCAUCCAGGACACACAGGCCCAUGAGCCCGGCAUGCAGAUCACCGAUAUCCAGAUGGCUCCCGACAGGACAUACUUCCUUACUGCUUCCAAGGACAAGUCGGCCAAGCUGAUCGAAACCAACACCCUCCGAACCCUCAAGACCUACCAGACCGACACCCCCCUCAACUCGGCUGCCCUUACCGCGAGAAAGGACUUUGUCAUCCUCGGAGGAGGACAGGAGGCCCGUGAUGUCACCACCACAUCCACCCGACAAGGAAAGUUCGAGGCACGGUUCUUCCACAAGAUCUUUGAAGACGAGGUCGGACGUGUCCGCGGUCACUUCGGACCGUUGAACACUGUUGCCUGCCACCCCAUGGGUACCGGAUACGCUUCCGGCGGAGAAGACGGUUACGUCCGCGUGCACCACUUCGACAAGGCCUACUUUGAUUUCAAGUACGAGGUGGAGAAGAUGGCGAAGGUGUAAUCGACUUUGACUUUGUUGCGUCAAUAAAUCAAUGUGUUUUUUUUCGUCCAUUUUUUUGUUUCUCUUCUUGCCAGAUCUUCCUUCUCGUUGCAAACUAGUAUUAUGCUUUGGGCGUUUCGUUUCGUUCUUUGUUCACGGGAUGGGAUGGGAUGGGAUGGGAUGGGGGGAUGGGUGCGGCUCGGCAGAUUUCCACUGGAUCUACGGUGUAGAGGAUUUCGAGACAUCA